GUGGCCGGUGCCGGCGGCGACUGGAGGCCGGGUCCCGCCAUGGCGGCUACGGGCGGCUGAGGAAUUUCACCGGGGGGAAGGAGGAAAAGAGGGGGAACGGGUGGUGGAGAGCGGGAUAACCCCGCCGCGGGCCAUGGCGGCGGCGGCGGCAGCGGCGGGCUCCAACUGGGGCCUGAUCAUGAACGUGGUGAACAGCAUCGUGGGGGUGAGCGUCCUCACCGUCCCCUUCUGCUUCAGACAGUGCGGCAUUGUCCUGGGAGCUCUGCUGCUCAUUUUCUGUUCUUGGAUGACUCAUCAAUCCUGCAUGUUCCUGGUGAAAUCGGCCAAUCUCAGCAAGCGCAGGACCUACCCUGGCCUCGCAUUUCAUGCCUAUGGAAAAGCAGGAAAAAUGUUGGUGGAAACAAGCAUGAUUGGGCUGAUGCUGGGAACUUGCAUCGCUUUCUACGUCGUCAUUGGUGAUUUGGGGUCCAACUUCUUCGCCCGGCUGCUUGGGUUUCAGGUGUCGGGCAGUUUCCGGAUAGUCCUGCUCUUUGCUGUCUCCCUGUGCAUCGUGCUUCCACUGAGCCUCCAGCGCAACAUGAUGGCCUCCAUCCAGUCCUUCAGUGCCAUGGCUCUCAUCUUCUACACCGUCUUCAUGUUCGUGAUCGUGCUGUCGUCCUUCAAGCACGGCCUCUUCAGCGGGCAGUGGCUGCAGCGAGUUAGUUACACUCGUUGGGAGGGCAUUUUUCGCUGCAUCCCCAUCUUUGGCAUGUCUUUUGCCUGUCAGUCUCAGGUCUUGCCUACCUAUGAUAGCUUGGAUGAGCCGUCUGUUAAAAUCAUGAGCUCCAUAUUUGCUUCCUCCCUAAACGUGGUCACCACCUUUUACAUCACGGUGGGCUUCUUUGGCUACGUGAGUUACACUGAAGCCAUUGCCGGCAACGUCCUCAUGAACUUCCCUUCCAACCUUGUGACGGAGAUGAUCCGAGUGGGCUUCAUGAUGUCGGUAGCUGUGGGCUUUCCGAUGAUGAUUCUGCCAUGCAGACAGGCGCUCAACACCCUUCUCUUUGAGCAGCAGCAAAAAGACGGCACCUUCGCUGCGGGGGGUUACAUGCCCCCGCUUCGCUUCAAAGCCCUGACGCUGGCUGUUGUGUUUGGAACCAUGGUAGGAGGCAUCAUGAUCCCCAACGUGGAAACAGUCCUGGGCCUGACAGGUGCUACGAUGGGAAGCCUCAUUUGUUUUAUCUGCCCGGCUCUUAUUUACAAGAAGAUCCACAAGAAUGCACUUUGUUCACAGAUCAUACUGUGGAUUGGCCUGGGAAUACUGGUUAUUAGUACCUACACCACCCUGUCUGCAACGGAGGACGCCCCUGUGAAGACAGAAGUGGUGGGUUUGGAGCACCUGGACGGUGAGCAGGGCAGGAUUGACCAGGAUUCAGUCAAAAUCCCAGAGCAGAACCCGGCCGUGGAGGAGGCGGAGGAUGACCGAGACAAACCCAAGCUGCUGGAGAAGGAGGAGAUGGAGCAACCCCAGAUCAAGGUGCCCAUGGAGGUACCCAAGAGGGAGGAGGAGAGGGGAAAGCUGGAGGAGAAAGUGCAGCUCGACCGUCCCGAUCAAGGGAUUGCCCUGCCCGUGGGGGAAGCACAUCGCCACGAGCCCCCCGUCCCACACGAUGAAGUGGUCGUGGACAUGGGGCGGGAGCGGGAGGAAUCGGAUGAGAACAAGGCCGUGCCCGGGGGAGGCGACGCCGGUGGGUUGGAUCCGGCGCUGGAGGAGGCGGCCGCCCCGAAGCCCCAGAAAGAGGCACUUGGCCCAAAACAAGGGAAGGAAGCGAUCGGUGAGAACCAACUGCGGGGAGGGACUGACAAACCCCUCAAGAAUCCCAAGAACGUCCUGGAGGUGAUGGUGCAGCAGGAUGGCAGGCCGCCAUACAAAGAGCUGCAGCCAGACAAACAAGGGGUGGAAGCCAAGGCGCAAGCUGCCGAGCCGGACGGUGAGAAGAAAGCUGAGGCUGCAGGUGACAGGGAGAAAUCAAAACUCCAGCACCCCAGGAAAGCAGAGGAGGCUGCCAAGUCCGUGGAGAAGGAAAGUGACCCUGGUGAAAAGCAGGAGGACAGAGGGGAUCAGCUGGAGCCCAGGGAGCCCCGAAACACCGAGGAGAGGCAACAGGAGAGCAAGCUGGAGGAAGCGGGGCAGGCGAAACUGCUUGAUCACGCUGUGCUGCUGCAGGUGAUCAAAGAACAGCAGGUCCAGCAGAAGCAGCUCCUUGACCAACAGGCAAAACUGCUGGCUGUGAUUGAAGAGCAGCACAAGGAGAUCCACCAGCAACGGCAGGAGGAGGGAGGAGAGGAGAAGCCAAAGCAAGCCGAAACGCAGCAGGAGCCCGCUGCGCCGCUCCCCAAGAGCAAGGAGGACGAGGGCCCUGGAGUUAAACAAGAAGCUGCUGCAAAACCCCUGGGCAAAGAGGUGCUGGAGCAGGCGGCGCAGGGCAGGCAGCCUGGUGACGCCGCCGAGCAGCGCAGGGACGCUGCAGGAAGGCUGGAGGAGGCUGGGCACAAGCGUGAGAUUCCUGGGGUUCCUCCCAAGGAGCGGAAGGUGCCGCCUCAGGAGAAUGACAGAGCUGUUAAAAAUCCUGUGGAGAACCAGGAUCCCCUUCACGGGGAUGCCCAGCACGUUCCGGCAGCCAGAAACCACCUAGAAAAGAAGCCCUUGGCGGAGGAUUUAGGAGGAGAUCGUGAAGCCAAAGCUGGAAGAGACGUCCACGAGAAGAAGAAUUCCCUGAAAGCUGUGGAAGUAGCUACAGCUCCCAUCCAAAGAGAACAGCUGGGGGCUGCCAAAGUUCAGGGAGUAGCAGGAAAGAGCCUGGAAAGAGACUCGGGAACAGACCUUAAAGCCAAAGCACUGAGUCAGGUGGAGCCCAAAAACCUGGCAGUUGCCCUGGACUCCUCCAGUAAAAGGAACGUGGCAGAGAGCGAGCAGCACCUACGGGAGCCUCAGGGAGCUGCAGACAGCCAGGGCAGGCGGCAGCAGGGCUCGCAGAGGGACCUGCCUGCCAAAGGGGAGGUGAAGGACGAAGCUCCUCGGGAGAAGGUGGUGGACGUGGCCCAGGAGCCUCAGGGAGGUCCACGGGGCAGGCAGAGGCACGGGGAUGGAGGCCUCGCAAACGAUGCUGAGAAGAAGCCAGGCCCUGAAAAUGUUCCUGCCCAAAAGCCAGAGAAAGGAGGGGCUGCCCAGGGUGACCAGAAGCUGGACCACGACGUCAAACCAAACCGGGACCUGAAACUGCAGGCGGACCUGGACCUCCGCCGGAGGAGACGGGACCUGCUGCCUCCCGAGGAGGAGGAAGAGGAGGAGGCUGCACAAGGGGCGGGGGUCUUCAUUGGCCUGAACCCCCUUCCAGAUGUGAAAGUAAACGACCUCCGGAGUGCUCUAGAGACGCGAUUAAACCGAGCUGUGGAGGGGGCUCCGCAGGUGGUCCACAGCCGGCAGAUCAAGCAGAUGAGGCGGGCGGAGGAGAGCGUGUGAGCAGGGUGGUCGCUCGCGGUGGGUGGCUGCGGGUGUUGGCCACAGGCACCAGGCUGAGGAGCUCCACAGGGAAGGUUCGAGUUAACCAGCUGGUUUUUUGGCCACCGUCGCUGGUCGGUCCAAGCCAGAAGCACUUUGCUUGGACCCCAGGGGGGAUCCCCUUGGACCUGGGGAGCACCGUCCAAAGCGGGGGGACUGUGGGCUUCUCAAAUCUGUGGCUGCAGGUGGCCAAGGAGAUGGCAACCAUGAAAGGAAAGGCUCCCUCUUGUCCUCUGCCUUUCAGAGGUUGCCAUCUCCCUUGGCUCCCCGCCAGGUUGGCCUUCAAGGACCUGUUUUUUCAACAUCUCCUUUAUAUCAAAUUGCCUUCUCCAUCCGGCUCUCCGCUCCCCUUUCAGAACCGAGGUCGAUCCUCUGCCGGGUUCCCUUCCCUGCUUGGAAAAGGCUUCCCCCCGGGUGCCUGCCGUGGGUCCCCGUGGCCCAGGCUACACGGGGCUGUGGGGCAGAGGUGUGGGGCUGCGGGAGGAGGGGGGAACUUCACCUCGGGGAAGGGCUUUAUUCGGGAGAAGCAUCAAGUCGUGAGUUGAGGACCAAGCUUGGCCAGUAGCUUUGGUGUUUCUCUUGAAAUGGGAGCUGUGAAGUCUCGCAUGUUUUAGGAGAUAGUUGUGGUUUUAGGAACCCAGUUUAGUAGAAACGCUGCCUUAAACGGGCACAACGGCCGCUGUUGUGCUGCCUCUCGUCCCAGGGAUUUAAUUGGUUGGCCACACACUAGCAAUAAUUUGCUCUCACCACCCUUCCCCGGAUGCUCAACUCCCCUCUGCGCUCCCAAACUCCCACUUCUCCUCUCCAAAGUGCAUUACGAAGCUCGACCCGGGGAGAAGGGGGGGGGG